CGUUUUGUUGUCAUAUGACCGAAAUCACAUGACCGACGAAUACCAAAGGCAAGAUCACAUGAGCUUGGGGGUAUAAAGUUGCUUCGCCGCCUCAUUCAGUCUCUCCAGUCGUUGCAUCAGCGAAGGAAGAGAUUACUUAAACAGAUAUUUCAAAAUGAAGUUGCUAUUUCUUGCCCUUGUUGUUGCCCCUGCCUUUGGCAUGGUAAUUCAAGAUUCAGCAUGGCAUGUGUGGAAAAAGACACACAGUAAAGCUUAUGGAGAUGAUGGUGAAGAGAGAGUUAGGUACAUAAUUUGGCAAAACAAUAUGAAAAAGAUUCUCGAAUUCAAUGAGGCAAACAAAGAUGUUGAAUUGGCAAUGAAUCAUUUUGGAGACUUGACUGAAGAUGAGUUCCGCAUGAGGAUGAAUGGUUACAUGGGCAAAGCCGAUUAUAAUAACACAAAGAAAGGCUCAACUUUUCUUGCUCCAAGCAAUGUCAAUGUCCCAGAUACAGUUGACUGGAGAAAAGAGGGAUAUGUAACUCCUGUAAAGAACCAAGGACAGUGUGGAUCAUGUUGGGCUUUUAGCACAACUGGAUCUUUGGAAGGACAGCACUUCAAGAAGUCAGGAAAGCUUGUUUCUCUGAGUGAGCAGAAUUUGGUUGAUUGUUCAGGUUCAUAUGGAAACUAUGGAUGCCAAGGUGGUCUUAUGGACAAUGCAUUUAAGUACAUCAAGGCUAAUGGAGGAAUUGACACUGAAGAAAGCUAUCCAUACACAGCAGUGCAAGGAAGCUGCAAAUUCAAGGCAUCAGAUGUUGGAGCCACUGACACUGGCUUUGUUGAUCUUCCAUCUGGUGAUGAGAAAGCUUUGAUGACUGCAACUGCAACAGUUGGACCAAUUUCAGUAGCUAUUGAUGCCAGUCACUACUCAUUCCAGUUCUAUCAUGGAGGAGUUUACAACAGCGCCCUUUGCAGCUCCACAAGGCUUGAUCAUGGUGUCUUGGUUGCUGGAUAUGGUGUAUACCAGGGAAAAGAUUACUGGCUAGUCAAGAACAGCUGGGGAACAAGUUGGGGGUUGAGUGGUUACAUCAUGAUGUCAAGAAACAAGAACAACCAAUGUGGAAUCGCAUCUAAGGCCAGCUACCCACUUGUCUAAACUGAACGAAAAUUUCUAAAGCUUUUUACUACUAAUGAUUUGUAUAUUUUGCAGAAAUAGUUCCGCUUUAUUGCAUUUAUGUUGUUUCAUAAAUAUUGUCCAUAUUCUCUAAAGUUGUGCUCAUUACAUGUAAAGAAAUAGGAUUAACAAAAACAGUGUUAAGAUAACAAAAGCAGCUAGAUAAUUUUCUUCAUUGUUGUGUAAAAAAUUAAAGAUUACUGAAAUUUAUGCAAGUUGCUGAUGCAAUAUAGGCAUUUAAGUUGCAAACUGGAUUUGCUUUAAGGAGCUCACACAUAGGUUCUUUAAAUUACCUCUAGUGCUUAUUAAAUUACAGUAAAAUUAUCUAAAUUCACAUUAUGCUAGAUUAAUAUUAUCUAUGACUUGCGUUGUGAAGUUUUUCAAACUUGUAAAGUGAUUUUAUUAUAAAUGAUUACCAAAUCAUUGA